AUGUCUUUCUCCAAAUUCUUAACUGCCUCUGUACUGCUUGCAGCAGUUCCUCAAGUCGUUUAUGGUCAAGCCAAAACGUCAGUUUCUGGAGUUGCUCAAACAUCUCUAUAUUGGGAUUGCUGCAAGGCCUCCUGUUCAUGGGCAGACCAUGGUUUCUUCGUCGGGAACCCAAUCAAUACCUGCGAUAUCAAUGGCACUAGAUUGACAGAUUGGAAUUUGGGGACCGGUUGCAGCGACGGCGAGUCGUUUUCCUGCCAAGACCAAAUUCCAUGGGCAGUCAACGAGACCUUUUCCUAUGGUUUCGUCGGUGCUUUUAUUGAUGGAUACGGUGAGAGAACAUGGUGCUGUGGAUGUUAUGAACUUGAGUUCACAGAUGGUCCGAUCAAGGGCAACAAAAUGGUUGUUCAGGCUAGUAAUACUAAUUACGACGCCAAAGGUUAUUCUCAGUUUAACUUUGGUAUUCCUGGAGGCUAUGACUAUUCUAGCGCCUGCGCAAAGCAAUUUGGUCCUUCUGAGAUCAACACCAAGGACAAUGAUGGCGUCCUCCGACGUGACCAAUGUGAUCUUCUUCCAAACACUCUGAAGCCAGGCUGUCAAUGGAGAUUUGACUGGUUUAAGGAUGCGCAAAGACCGAACAUAACAUGGAAGCGAACGGCCUGCCCAAAGGUUCUGACCGAUAUCUCAGGGUGCGUUCGUUCAGAUGAACAGCAGUUCAUUACCAAGGCCGAGACAAACGACACACUUGCUACCCCACCAUCAGCUGCUCCAAUUGUCGGCUCUAUGUCUGCGUUCUAUACCUUUGCCUUUGCAGCCGCUCUCAGUGCUAUCGUUGCAUUCUAA